AUGAGGGUGUUUCCUGAGCAGACGCAGCCAUUGCAUAGCAAGAUGGCGAAAACCUAUGACUACUUAUUCAAGCUGCUACUGAUAGGGGAUUCGGGGGUGGGCAAAACUUGCGUACUCUUCAGAUUCUCCGAGGAUGCCUUCAAUACGACCUUCAUUUCAACGAUAGGUAUAGACUUCAAGAUCAGAACAAUAGAAUUAGAUGGUAAAAAAAUAAAAUUACAGAUCUGGGACACAGCUGGUCAAGAAAGAUUCAGGACUAUCACGACAGCAUAUUAUCGAGGAGCAAUGGGAAUUAUGUUAGUUUAUGAUAUUACAAAUGAAAAAUCCUUUGAAAAUAUAAGGAACUGGAUCAGGAACAUUGAAGAACAUGCAUCCAAAGAUGUAGAAAAAAUGAUUCUAGGAAAUAAAUGUGAUAUGACUGAGCGACGACAAGUGUCAAAGGAAAGAGGAGAACAGCUUGCUAUUGAACAUGGAAUAAAGUUUAUGGAAACCAGUGCUAAAGCCAGUAUCAAUGUAGAGGAGGCCUUCUUUACACUAGCUCGAGAUAUUAAAGCAAAAAUGGACCGUAAAUUGGAGGCAUCUAGUCCGCAGAACAGAGGUGGAAGCUAUCAAUUAACACGGAAAGAUCAAACACCGAAGAAGUCAUUCUGGAGGUGUAAACUGCUUUGA